UUGGCUCCACUGUCUUGUGUACAACGUGGUGUGUCUUAUGGGUCACAGUUGUGAUGGAACCUGUUGCACACAUGUAUCAACGACCCCCAGAAACCCGAAUGAGCUACUGUCACACCGGCCGGCCGGGUCGGUCAGCAACAGGACUCCCACGGUCCGCAGCCCCCCGUAGCCCAGCAACACUAAUCCGACCUACACAGCAGGACACAUGCCAAUUUCACGCUCCCCCUCCAAAAUACCAGUUUUAUCUGCACUCUGCUACGAUUAAUCCGCUCGUUUCGAUAUCAGCACAUGUAACUUUUUGAAAUCGGUAAAGUUAGCCAGGAUGGACUCGAAGCGAGAGAAUAUGAAAGAGCAAGAGGCAGAAGUGGAGAAGAUCACGGCUGUGCUGCUCAAGUCGCACUCGGGCGAGUUUGAUUUGGAGUCCAUACUGUUUCUGAAAUUCAGAGGUUUAGGAAUACAUGAUCUUGGGUGCAUAGGAGAGUGUAUGAAUUUGGAGAGACUGGACCUGUCAGGAAAUAAUAUUGUCAAUUUAGCUCCGUUGUCGUCUCUCCGGCUGCUUUCUGUUCUCAAUUUGUCUGCUAAUAGGAUUUCCAAUUUAGAACCUUUGCACACUUGUGAAAAUCUACAGAAUUUAAACCUUGCUGGUAAUAUUAUCUCCAGUAUUGAUAACCUUCUCUGCCUUCAGCCUUUAAGGAAACUAGAAAGUAUCCGUCUCAACGACAACACCUACAAUUAUUCAAAUCCAGUGUGCAGAAACGUGUCAUAUAGAACCUUAAUUCUUGACAUGUUCCCCACUGUCAAGGUGCUAGAUGGUGAGAGAGUCGUUGGACGUGGGAGCGACUUGUAUCAGCUAUGCAAAGACAUUGAUGACACCAUUAAAGCCGGCCUUUACAAGAAUGGCCAACUUGUUGAACAUCACGAUUGCAAGCCAUGGGUGGAGGAGACUUUCUGGGAAAUAAAACGAUCCAACAACGCCAUUGUUGAAGAAGCCUACAAACAGUUUAACGAUAUUCUCCAUGAAUGCAGACUCCUGAACAACAGAGCAACUCAUGCAAUUUCCCAAAGUGAAAGAUCGAUGAGCCUGAAGAAGCAACCCAAGCAGUACGCCAUCUGAACCGGGCCUAUUUGUGUGUACUAGAGCAUGUAUUUAUUUAAAAAUGCCCGUGCAGUAGUUUGAGCACAAGACAGAUAUUGUCCGAAAGUACGCGCCGCUUGUGGUGUUUCAUAAUGUUAUUGCACCCUAUGCAUUGGCUUCUGGAGGAUACUGCAUUGUAUGCUCAACCAGUUUGGACGGGAGAUGUCUUUACAUUUAGUGCCGUUUCAUAGCCUGCAUUAAUGCCGAGACAUAUGCUGCUAAAAUGCCUAGAUAUUUCAAGUUAAGAGCUUUUUCCAUUUUGGGAGCCUCCAAUUGCUGUAUUUUUUUUUUUAACCCGUAGCAAAAUGUGAUUGAAUGUUCCAUCUGUUUAUACUUGUUUUAUACAAUAAAGAGUAUUGACAAUA